UGUCAUAUUCUCUUCCUGGUUGAAAAGAUGGCGGCUAAUCAAGCUUUGCGCCAAUUCGUCCCUCCAUCCCUGUCUGCUAAAGUUGAAGGCUCAUUUGCAUAUCUCACAGUGAGAGACAGGUUGCCGACCAUCCUGACAAGAGUCAUUGACACCAUCCAUCGCAACAAAAACAAGUUCUUUGAGGAGUUUGGAGAGGAGGGAGUCCAGGCAGAGAAGAGGACCAUUGGCUUUCUUUCUAAGCUCAGAAAUGAGCUGCUGACAGACAAGCCUGUCCUGGUUCUGUGUGAUGGCCUGGAGGACACAGACAGCUGGAACCAGUACCUCCAGAGACAGCAGAGUCUACUGGGGGAGCGGGACCCCGUCAGCUGGUUCAAGUCCCCCUGGCUCUACAUAGAGUGCUACAUGUACCGCAGGAUACAGGAGGCCAUCUGGCUCAAUCCCCCCAUCAGCGACUUUGAUGUGUUUAAUGAAAGCAAGACGCAGAGUUUCUUUGAGUCCCAGCAGGCUGUGAUAUCCCUGUGUACAUAUCUACAGGGAUUCAACAGGAACAUGGACGACCUCUCAGAGACACAGCUCAUGGAGCAGUUCCACAAACUACUACAGGUGUCUCUGUGGGGUAACAGGUGUGACCUGUCCAUCUCUGCUGGCAUGGAGAACUCUCAGAAGGCCAGUCCCAUUGACUCCCUGUCUGACCUGAAGUCUUUUAUCCUGGUGGACGACUCCAACAUGGUGUGGUCUGCUCUGACCUCUGCCCAGAGACCAGGGGAGGAUGGCAAAACCACCCCAGGGAGGGUGGACAUCGUCCUGGACAACGCUGGCUUCGAGCUGGUCACAGACCUGGUCCUCGCUGACUUCCUGGUGUCCGCUGGUCUGGCCAGGGAGGUCCGCUUCCAUGGCAAGUCCAUCCCCUGGUUUGUCUCCGACGUCACCUCGCACGACUUCCAGUGGACCAUCCGCCAGACCCUGGCGGCCAAUCACAAGUGGAUGUCCAAGAGCGGCGUCCAAUGGCAGAGCUACGUACGGGAGGGCGUGUGGUCCUAUCAUGACCACCCGUUCUGGACAAUGCCUCAUGAGUACUGUGACAUGGCGGGCGACGCGCCUGACCUCUACGCGACACUGCAGGGAGCCGACCUGAUUCUGUUUAAAGGAGACCUGAACUACAGGAAGCUGACUGGGGACAGGGAGUGGGAUCACAUGGUGCCGUUUGCUAGGGCACUGAGAGGAUUCGGCCCAGCUCCCCUGUGCAGUCUGAGGACUCUGAAGGCUAACAUCCAGGUGGGGCUCCAGCCGGGGCAGGGGGAGAACCUCAACACCCAGGAACCCAGCUGGAUGACCAGCGGGAAGUACGCUGUGAUCCAGUUCUCCAGCCCUCACAGGGAACAGUAGACCUAUCUGGGACAGGAAAUGACGUCAAUAUGUUCAUAAUAAGUGGUGUCAUCAUAAUCAGAGGAAGUACGGGCGUGAGCAGGGCCAGUGUACUUGUAACCAUAUGCCAGGUUAGAGGUGUUUGUUUUGUCGUAGAACUACCUAAUGUAUUUAAAUGAGGAGAGUGGUUUAAAGGAGGAUGAUAGAGGAUACUUUAAAAAGAGGAGGGUAGUUAAAUAGGGAGUGGCUGCAGAUCCAACUUCUCUGGACCCGUUGUCCCGACAGCUAAAGGUUGGAAGCUUCUGUGAAUGUGUGGUAAUCUCUACUUUACACACCGUCUCUGUUCUAUUUGUUCAGCUGCCCAGAGAAGAAGCUACUCUGGCGAAAGGUGAUUGUUUAAUAAAGUUAGAUCAAACUUGAAUCAUUGUAAGAUUACAUAAAGAUAAUAUUCUACAGAACCAAAUUAAAUAGCAUAGUAUAACAUUACUGUAUGACAAAAAACACCUAAUUUCUUAUAUUUUAGGAUGAUUGUGCUCAUCGUCACAUUUUUCUCUCAUGCGGUCUAAACUCAACAGUGCACGCCACUCAGAAAAGGUAUGCUACAGUUUAAUACCAUCUGCAAAAAAAUGUGCUCAAGGUACAUAACUAAUUCAAAACACUGUAGCCUACUUCAAAACAACACUGUAGCCUACACUCAAUAAUAUUUAAAUGCAUAUGCCCAUGAAACUGAUUGCAAAUGGUUGGCGUGCAGAUUCUGCAUGGAUGUUUCACCGGUAAAACUUGGAAGAAUUAUCAUUCACGAUCGACAGUGAGAAAUGCGAAGGGAGGGUGACCAGAAGUGUGGGUGUGCGUAGAGUUAAAGAAACGCAUGCACAGAACGUGAGUGGGAUCUUCAGCUCUGGGGAAAGGGAUCCAGUGGGAUCUUCAGCUCUGGGGAAAGGGAUCCAGUGGGAUCUUCAGCUCUGGGGAAAGGGAUCCAGUGGGAUCUUCAGCUCUGGGGAAAGGGAUCCAGUGGGAUCUUCAGCUCUGGGGAAAGGGAUCCAGUGGGAUCUUCAGCUCUGGGGAAAGGGAUCCAGUGGGAUCUUCAGCUCUGGGGAAAGGGAUCCAGUGGGAUCUUCAGCUCUGGGGAAAGGGAUCCAGUGGGAUCUUCAGCUCUGGGGAAAGGGAUCCAGUGGGAUGGGGCUGUGACCUCUGGAUCCCCAGCCUCUGCCAUUUAAAUAAUGAUCAACUGCUGGUUAGCAAUCCAUCCUUGCAUAACUACAAAACAAUGACGUUUACUUCUCCCAUUUAACAAAUGUGUUGACGGUUGUUUACCAUCAUUCAGUACUAGGGUCGGGCUCUACCUCGAUUCCAGUUCAAAUCAGUUAAUUUAGAAGCAUUGAAAUUCCAAGUCAUGAAUUGAAACAUGCUUAUCUGAUCUUAAGUUACUUUUUUUCCAGCCAUAUUAUGUAAUUUCUGUAAUGUUUUUGUCUCCCCAACAGCGACUACACAAAAUAUAGAUUUGAGACACAUUUCAUUCAUAAUCAGAGGCAAUAAGAUGCAAUUUGAACAUUUACAUGUUAAGUUGGCCUGUCGUGAAUAGUUUAGAAUUGUUAUUUUAAGUUGAGACCUUAUGUAACACCCAAAGCCAGCGGCUAUUGUUUAGCCAUUUAAUUUGCAUGAGCUUGGCGAGACAUUACAGAGUAACUUGUGGUUGCUGGUAUUUUUCUGGGUCUUAAUCAACGUCAUCAGUUUGUCUUGUCAAUUAAUUGCAUGCGUUUUUGUUUGCAUACAUCGGGGUUUGCACAGUGACCACAGUCCCGGAGUUUACAUUUUCAUAGUUAAAUAACUGAAGUUGAACUACAAGGUAAUGUUCCCACUCUGGGAAGCUAUAGAUAAAUCAUAGUCUUUGGGGCAGUGCAAUCACACGUACAAGGUGUCUUUUGUUAAAAGAAUAGCACUAACACCUGUCUAAUGAUGUAUUUCUGUUUGUUUGAUGGUACAAACUGUUAUUUACGACUGUCAUUAGAAUGCCUCUGUAACCAGUGCUGGUGCUGUUGUGAUCCUAAAUGACUGGAUUGUUCUCUUUGCAGAAAUCUGGAACAAAAAUUGUCAUAUUAUGAUGGACUUGGUUUAAAUAAAGAACUUCAAUGACUGGU